GAUUUGAAUUUAACUUCCGUCACAAUAGACACCAGUGUUCUCGAAGUAGGACAUAGCUACAUUUUGCAGUUAACUCUUUGGAAAGAUGUAAGAAGCUCAUCUGCUGAAAUGACUUUUGAGAUAACAUCUGGAGAUGUACCCAGAGUAAUUCUUAGGUAAGUGGGCCGUUUCAUACUUUAUACUAUUACAUGAGAAAUUUCUGCAAUUUGAUUGGCUUAGAGCAGUGGUAUUUCAGCUUAAUUUGAAAUACCUACAUGUGAAAAUUACAAAUCUUGUGUGGGUAGUAGUAUAAACAAAUAAUAGGAUGAUUUCUAGUGGUAUUUGGCAUAAAUACUACUCAUGAUAUUUCAGAAUUGUCUUAAAUUUCACUCGCCUAACGGCUCGUGAAAUAGAGUAUAACAAUUUCGAAAUAUCACUCGUGGUAUUUAUGGCAAAUGUCUCUACAAAUCUUGCUAUUACCUAUACUAAUAUGGUUAAUUUUAUUAUGAAGAAAUAAUAUCCAUAACUUUUUCACAACCUCCAAACCGGACCAUUUAAUUUUUGUAAGUGUCUCAACUACGAUUUAUCUGAGGCAACUCUCCUGAAUCCUAAAUACCACACAAAAUAUAAGAAAUAUGUCAUCUGAGCUGUCCAAAGAAGUAACGCCCUAGACUUAACUACGUCAAAUUACAACAAGAUUCGAUUGCUAAUUUUCUAUGUUUAUCAUUUACCUUAGGUGCUUUGUUGAUUGUGGUGCGAUUGUAUCUUCUUCCAACAAAUUUCGAGUAACAUCAGAAUGCCCCAACUCUGCAUGCGUCGGCGCAACCUACGAAUGGGUUCUGGAAAGGUUUGACACGGAAAGCUGGCAGACUCUGUCUAAUGUGGCUGACAUCACAGCUACGCCAAUUAACGCUUCAAACUUUAUAAUUAAACAAAACAUGCUUCUUUCUAAUACACAGUACCGACUGAAAUUGAAUGUGAUAUCUCUAAUGAAAGUAGAGGGUUAUGGAUUGCUUGAGUUUGAAACGGCUGGCGAGCCUCACGGUGGUUUGUGCAAAUCGUUAGUCAUAGAAGGCGUGUCAUUGGAGACAGAAUUUAUGUUUGAGUGCAUUGACUGGACGGACAGAAGUACACCAUUAACUUAUGAAUUUCGAAAUGGUGACGAUCCAAUUUCCUACGGUAUUUCCCCAGUUUCUCCGAAAACAGUAUUGCCUGCAGGAGAUCCUGAAAACAACUAUAAGAUAACAAUUAAUGUUGUCAUUAAAAAUGCAGUUGGGGUGAAAGUGGUUUACUCGUUUGAAAUAAAGGUGAGAUAAGAAAUAUUUUAAGAUAUCUGUAUUGAUAGAGUUUGAUGUAGCUUAAACCACUAGUGUCGCAUAUUCCAUCUGCCUAAAACGGCCAAUGUCGAUCGGGACGACAAUCGACUUUAACAGGGUUGAACGAUCAAUAGCCUCACUGUCGACAUUAAUACUAUGCAUUAGAAACAUAUGAAUAAGCAAUGAAGUGAAAUAUAACACUUUGAUGCUGCAUUGUUGACUUCAGCCAGAUUCCGAUACCAAAAAUAUUUAAACUCAUAAUAGUGAACACUUACAUGUAACUUCUACUGCACAUGUAAUGUCUAUCUCUUUGCAUUUCAAUUUGAGGCAUUGAAAUUGGAUUACAGUCUUAACUGUGAUGGAUUUGAAACUUAGAACUUAUAUAUAAGUCUUGACUGAUUUUUCCAGGUCACUCCGUCUUCAAAACUUGAUCCUUGCCAAUCCUCAUUGGAACAAGUGACCAGCGAAUUAGAAGACUUACUUCUCGGGCCUGAAAAUGAAGUUGACGAAUUUCUAUUAAAAGGCGAGAUAAGUCAGGCCGCGCAGCUUUCGUUAUCGGUCCUGGCCUCAGCUAAAGAAAAAACAGAGUGUGGACAAAACGUUCCUACUGAUAUUCAGUACCAGGUGAGAAAAGUGAAUCAAUAUAGUUAAUUAUAAGCUUCAAGAAACUUCUUAUCCAUAGUCAGUGUUCCCAUAAAAACUCUCGCGUUCCUUUUCAUGCGUCAUGAAAAAAGGAAUGUCUAGUAGCCGGAGGUAAUUGUUGGCUUCACAUUAGAAGCCAAGCUUGUUUUUCAAGUAAACACUCGAUUCAAGUCUCAAAAACAUGACUUCACACUUCUCGACAAAGUAUAUUGCUUGAAGUAUUAAAAAGCUGUCAAACUCUCCGUUCUUUAGAAUCUUGGAACCGCUGCACGCACACAUCGUGCAAUGGCUUCCACUUCUUAUUGGCCAGGUGUGUUCUAAAGUGUGGGGUAGACCAUAGGAACGUUUCCAUGCCCACCAAGUCAAGUUGUAGCGAAUAGGUAAUUUUACCCAUUUACACUCAAAGCAGGUUCCAAGUACACUUACAUUAUACUUGAAGCUCUAGUGUGAAGCUAACCAGUAUUCCGAUUCUUGUGGAAUCUAGAAAAGUUUCCGCUUUGCUUGAUUCUUCGAUGUACUGACCCAGCUUUCUUUAGUGUUUCAACCAAGUGUUAUGAUAUUCUUUCCAGAUAAUGUGUGCUAUUGUAACAAGGUUUACAGCGAUACCUCCUGAGAGCCUACAAAUGUCUCUCCUGUUUGGCUCAGUUGUAAAGGCAGCAACGGAAGACAGUCAGCUUAAAUGUGAUGGAUUCGAUGUUUUGGUAAGUUUUAAACGAAGAAAAAAAUCUUGUCGUAAUAAAGUCUAUUUCUAUAAUUUUGAAUAUCAUUUUCCAUGGCCGCUGGUUCUCUCUUGUCUCUCCUUCCAUGUAAGGCUGAUCCGUAUACCAUUAUGUAAAUAUUUCCAAUAAAACCUUAAUAUCUAAACUUAGAGUGCAUGCUGGAUGUAAGAUUGCAUGAUGCAUACUCUUCUCCAACAUAACUAUAAAAAGUUGUGACAUUUAAUGCAUCUCGCUCUUUUAGGAGUCAACGAGGAAAUUAACAAAUUACAUAAGCUUGCUCCUAGCAUCAUCUCUCGCAGAUGUGGAGGAACCGUUCUCAGAUGAGAUUCAGGAUGCCGCUGCAACGACAACAGAACUUUUGGGAAAUGUUCUUAAAUCAGCAUCUUCUACCGAUAACACUGGAGUGGAGAGUAACGUCUCACAAUCCAAGGUGAGAAAGUGAUACGCAAAGUAAUCACUGAUCCCAGCAUCUGACAACCGAAUGGUUAACCAUUUGCGUUGGUACCCGACAUUAGAUUGGUUGACCGGGAUUUGAUUCCUGUCCAACCAAUUUUCGGCGUCCUCGUAACAAUUGAGGAGAAGGCGUUGCUUUAGUUUAGACGGCAAAUAGUUAGAAUUCCCUUUUAGUCCUUUCGGGUAAGGACGGAAAUCCGCAAGUCCCUUCUUUCUGCACUUUCACUUUACAUGAAAGGAAUGACUAUGGCCAAAGAGACUCUCUGGCAGUGACAACCGCUAGUUUUACCUGUUUUUGUCCUUCAGUUGGAACACUGUAGGGGAUGAUCUCAUUAAGUGGUAGCCCUUUUGCCCACCUUCAGGAGCCGUAAUAAUUGCAAAUUGGGUAUGACUGUGAGAGGAAGUAUGAAGGAUGCAUUACAGAAUAAGGUUGUACUUGGCCUGUCUCACCACCCAGCUUUGGUUUGUCCCAUACUCGCGACGAGUAUGGGAACGACCUCCUUUCAUGACAUUCACUCGCUAAUACUUACUAGUAAUCCAAACGCGAAAAUAAUUACUAGUUUGAUGAUACAGAAAACACAUGGGCAUAAGCAAUAGAUAAUACUGGGACAAAGAGGGAACAGAAGUCUAAUUACUGGGACGUCCGUACAUUGUAAUAAAUAGUUUGAAACGUCAUCAAGUCCACGCGCUAAUGCCUCGAAGCACACAAUGCAGAAUAUUGCGCUGGCGACUGUUAAAUUCUCUCUUGACGACACUAAAUUAAAGUUUGCCGACCUUCCUGGAAACCAACUUCUGAUUAACUUAGCGUUUAAAUGGUCUAAAAAUAACUCUGGUGAAAUUUCCAUACACCAAUGGCUAGGCUGGGCAUUCCAUCUCUGUGUCCCAUUGUUCUUGGCAUAAGUUCAUUAUUUUUUGCCAUGGCAAUAGAGCUUUCCCGUGCAUCACAGCUUGAAGAAAACUUAAAAAACCGCGGUAAACGUUUAUGGUGAUGUGUUGAAGCCUUUUUUAUAAAUUUUGAUGCUUACUAGGAAAUUAUUUGGGGGGGAGGGUUGUUGUCCGAUUUACAGUCGUUGGGCCUUACAAAAUCCUACACUGCAGGUGUCACUAGCAAGACGUUCGUUGUUCUUGUCAUUGUUGUCCCUUCAAAGAUUUACUAGCAGAGAAAAGUUAUAUUCCGUCCAGUAUUAUUUUAUCAUUGGCAACACAAUACCCAAUUCUGUACCUUACACUGACUCCUAGGCUGACGCAGAGGACGCUCUACAACAAAUUAAUGACAUCGUCGACUCCAUCUCAUCUCGGUUAGUAAUAUCUGAAAGACUGGACAUAAAGAAGAACGACUUAUCGAUUUCACUGAGAAAGGUUGAUUCAGAUCACCUCAAUGGGCUUAGUUUAGAAGAAGGACUUACACAGUUUGCAUUUCCGAGUAAUCUAAACCUUAGUGCUGACGGCGAAGUAAAUGCCAAGGUAAAGAAAAUAAAACUAUAAUCUUUUAUAAUUAUGAUAACAUUGGUUUACAAGUAAAUUCCAUUUUGUACCGUGUCUGUUCUUUUCCGCGGCGCUAAAAUGUGGUAGGAACAAUUGUAAGAAUGACAUCUGUAAUUGAUUCCACAAAUCCCUAAAAACCAUGGUAGUAAACCGUGACUUUAAAUGGGCGUACCACAUUGCUAAAGCAUAUAGUAUAAGUGAAGUUUUACAGGUACAAUUUAUUUACCAAAGGUCAGGCUAUCGAAGAUGCUAACUAUGCUGCGCGUUGUAAAACGUUUUUGCGGUGGACAUCGCUUAAAGGCACUUAGUUUUUUAAGCCAAAGUAAAAAAGUUAAAACUAUUUCUUAAGCCAACCUUUCGAACGUAUCGACGUAAGCGAAAGAACCACAUAUUUUCAACGUAAAUGUUAUGGUUCAAAUUCAACCAAUCACGUUAAAAGACGGUUAAAUUAAAUUAUUUCCAAUAUUUUCUUUUAGAUGAUGACUUUUAAUUUCAACCCAUUUCCUGGGGACUCAAGUGGUGCAGCUAUCACAUCUAGCGUUUGUAGCCUGGAACUUUCAAGUAGCGGAAAUGGGACGUUAAACGUAUCGGAUCUCGAUGAAGACAUUGAGAUUGAUAUCCCUCUUAAUCCUAGUAACGGAGAAUCCGCUGAGCCAACCGGUUCUUUUCUCACCCCGAACAAGUUGACCAUCCACAGCUACUUCGCUGAGCUAGCUAACGUCCCUUUGUCGCUGUUCCUCGCAGGACAAGAUCAAGAUGCUGUAGUAGAGGUGCUAAUAAAAUAUGGAUCAAGGCCAUCGUUGGAUGACUUUGAUGAAAACUUCACUAUCCCUUUAACCUCAUGUCAAAGUAAUGCAACCGCGAUAAAUGAAAACCAAACAGGCUGCGGCUCUCAAUUACAGACAACGAUUACGGUUACCCCUCCAGAGCAAAGUUUAAUUUACGUGGGAAUCUUGACAUUUGGCGAGAAAAAUGUCACUGAGCACUCCAGAAAAAGACGGUCCUGUUUUGGAGGAGGUAGACAAAAACGAUCGUGUAUUGGUGUUAAGGAUCCGCCCCUAGAAGGCUUUAACAAGUCUGUCAUUCCAAAGUAUGAUCCAUUGACAGAUGUAAAUUACACUUUGACAAUGAGCCAAGCAAAUUGUUUGUACUGGUCUACUACGAUGGAAAAGUGGACGUCCGAUGGAUGUAAGGUAAGCUAUCGUCGAGAUAUCGAUAAAGCAUGGUUUAUUGAGGAUAAAGAGCAUCAAAUCCUUAUUAGGCAAUAGAGCGUUUUAACAUGACGUCACGGCCGCUAUUUUGGUGAUUCAAAACAAUGAAACGGCGGCCGUGUCGGUGUUGCAAACCAUUCCUGUGGGAGUUCAACUCUUUCUUUUAUGUAAACGCUUUUUUAGUGUAUAGAUGCUGGUCACGUGGGUUAAAACACUCUGUAAGUCCAAAUGGAAACCCUUACAGUUUUGAUGGAUGGUUAGUCACUCUGAAAUUUAUAUGAAUCCUAUUCCUUGGAGAUUAGUCUACCAUCACAAAUUAAACAACACGUGGGUUAAAGUUAUCAUUCUAUUGGGUCCUUAUUUGGUCUUUCGUGCCUUAGGUUGGCCUUGGCUCUGACAAAAAGAAGCUGAAGUGCCUUUGCAAUCAUUUAACAGCGUUCGGAGGAAACUUUAUACAGGCGCCAAAUCCCAUAGAUUUCGACAAAGUGUUCGUGGAAUUUACAAGACUAGGAGAAACUGGAAACGUAGCCGUGUUGAUAACGAUAUGUGUCGUGUUCCUCCUUUAUUUUGUGGUAACUGUCUUUGCAAGACGAGUGGACAAACGUGACGAAAAUAAGGUAUGAAAAUAGCUCCGAUCCAUAAGAAAUAAAUGACAUGCUCUAGAAAUAUCUAGUGCAAGAAGUAAUUUAAAAUUUCCAAACUAGCGUUUACUUUACCAACAAUCGGCGACAAAAUGAGUUGAGACACUUCGCCCAAAAGUAGGCUUUUUUACGAUUUAUGAACUUCAAAAGAAGGAAAUAUAGCUUUCCUCCCCCAUCCCGUCUAUACAAUGUUGAGCCCUUGUUCUAGCUACCUAUAGCAAACAACAAACACCCCAACUUUGAGGGGUGCGGAUUCUUUUGUUCUCCGUAGUCACCCUAUUUAAGUACAAUUUCUCAACAAUUUUGUCGCCGAUUGAAGAUACUUCAAAAACAAUUAGUAAAUAUAUAUAGCUCGAAGAGGCAGCGUGGCGUCGCACUCGCAAUCCUGCAGUCCCGGAUUCGGGUCCCGCUCCGACCACAAGCUGGUUUUGUUUCUCUUGAGCGUAGGGGAUCAGGAACGAGAUUGGUUAAUAGCCUGGAUAUAGCGAAAUACCGACCCAAAAACUGGCAUCUUGAGCAUAACCCUUUCAGUACCCGAGAUAGGCGUUGUAUACUAAAAGGUCCAAGAAGCUAAGGUCGUAGUAGGUCCUUUGAACGUUACUUUUUUUAUGACAAAAUAUUACAACUUCAAUCAAAGUAGAAUUACGAACUUCCAAAUAAGGACAUCUGCUGUCAAGUGUAACCAACAGAUAUGCUCCAAAUAUGGGGUCUAUCUUGUAUGCCUUCUCUUCUGAUGCUUCUCAUAAAAAGUAAGACUUGGACUGGAAAAAAAAUAUUCAAAGAAGCGGCUAAAAAAAGACGUCUCAAGAUUGGCCUGGACUGGACUGGGUAGGGGUAUCAAUAUACCCCUAGCGUUCCAAUAAGUGACUACAAUGGAACCUGUGAAAGGAAAAAAUACUAGUGAGGGUUCUAAAAUUUAUUUAUUGGCCAUGUGAAAAUAGGAUGGGUAAAUAAAUUAAUUAACCCGGAAAAACGUACCUUUGGCCAAUCUUUUAAAAACCUGAAAAUAAUCAUUGAAAAACCAAUGAAAGACCUUCGUUAUGUGGUUGGUAAGAAAGCAUUGUGACAUAACAUUUAUCUGGCUAUCCACAACAUGUAAAUCAUUCUGAUAUUCUAUUUUGCGACGUUUUCGUCCCUUAGAUUACCCCUCCGAGGACCGUAGUAGUUAAUGAAGGCGGAAGCUAUGUCUACGAAAUGGUGAUACGUACAGGUGUUUGGAAAGAUUCAGGUUCUACUGCGAACAUAUCACUUUGUAUAGACGGCAAGAUGGACGAAAGCAAGGAAAUCCAUUUGCGACGUAGGGGAGAAAAGCCUGAACUAUUUUCCCGUGGUGGUGUUGACGGUUUUGUGCUAACAACCAGUAACACUUACGGACCCCUGAAGGCAAUAACGUUAUCUCAUGAUAACUCUGGCAACGAUCCAUCGUGGUUUCUUGAAACGUUGAUCAUAAAGGAUAAACAAACUGGGGAAGUGUGGAAUUUCUUAGUGAAUAGGUGGCUUGCUGUUGAAAAGGGUGAUGGUCAAAUACAAGUUACAGUGCCAUGUUUCAACACAAGUGAUUUUGGAUUCUCAGAUCAGGUGCGAUCGAUGGCCCCUCGAAUUUUAGCCGAUAGUCAUAUUUGGUUGUCAGUUGUUGGCAAAGCAUCGAGCAGCACAUUCACACGAGUGCAAAGAGUGUCUUGUUGCCUUUCCGUUCUUUUUACUGCCAUGAUCGCAAACGCCAUGUUCUACAAUAUUGGCGGGGAAUCACUAGCGGCAAUUCGGGUUGGACCAUUUAAGUUCUCGUGGCAGCAGAUCGUCAUAGGAGUUCAAAGCGGAGUGAUUGUUGCGCCAGUGAACAUCCUGAUUGUACUACUCUUUCGCUUGAGCAGGCCAAGGCAGCGGAGAGAUGAUAAAUACAAAACUGGCACGGAUUCAUUUCAUCUUAUUGAGGAGGCGAGGAAAUCGAGGUUUACACUGCCCCACUGCUUCAUCUACAUCGGAUGGUUCCUUUGUAUCACCACGACACUAACAAGUGCCGCUUUCACGCUUUUUUACAGCCUUAUGUGGGGAAAAGAGCUUGCCGAGCAAUGGCUUGCAUCCAUAAUGACUUCUCUAGCUGAGGAUAUAUUCGCUGCGCAGCCAAUGAAAGUGUUACUAGUUGCUUGUGUAAUAUCCUUGUUGACAAUCCGACGAAAAAAGGGGUGUAACGCUGCAGUUAGAGAUGCAGAAACCUAUGGACAAAUGAGCGAUGGCGAGUUCGAUGAUGAUCCAAAGAAAACGUUGAGACGUUAUGAACUUUCAAAGAUGCGCGACAACAAGAAAAAGGACGUGAAACUACUAGGAAUGAUGAGACAAAUAAUUCUGCAUACCUUAUUCGUAUUCCUCAUGGCCAUCACUUGCUAUGGGAACAAAAACAACAACCGCUUCCUAAUGACAGCAGCGGUGAAGCAACCGUUUCUAAAGUUUGACAAGGUAAUUGCCUUUUCUUUCCGAGAGAAAGCCAAUGAUUCACAAUUUACAGAAUUACAUUAGCAACUAGAGGUAACAGGUACACCCUGACAAGUACUAAUCAGAUCAUAGGUUCUACUCCUAUGGGGAAUACUUUUGGAUUUUUCCUUCCGAAACGCCUUUGUCAGUGACUGAAAAAUUAUCGUUCUCAUGUUUUCACCUGAUGCUAAACAUUAAGCAAAAAAACAUAUAUAUGUAAGCCAUGGCUUAAAAUCGUUGUUAAAAGUAAAAUAUCGCUAGAAUGUCAAAGCGACGAGGGUGGAUAAGAGUUCACGCUUUUUUCUCCAUGUACAAGCCAAAGGGAAGCGGAAAUUGAACUAAUUACUAUCCAUGACUUUAUUCUAGUAUCUGGUGGUGGCAUAUAAAACAGGACUUUGAAUGGAGCAUCCCACAUUGUUCCCCCUAGUUCAAAAUAACAGUAGCGAAAGUGAAUAGAAAUUUUUUUAUAUAGGUCAACGUUACGUAACAAAAUUAUCACAAUCUAUUUCUUUUUCAACAGGUCACACAUCCGGACGUACUGAGGGGAUGGAUGGAUCAAUUUUUCAUACCAAACCUCUAUGCAGGGUUCUGGUACAAUAACCAAAAAGAGAUUAUGGAGGUUUACAUACACAAUAAAAAGUCUAUUUUGCUGGGAAUGCCACGAAUGAGACAAGUUAGAAUUAAGAGGAGUGAGUUCGAGUUUACUGUAAAUAGAAAGAUGAAGACCAUAUUCACUACAAUUAGCCUAAGAGGGACAAAAAGCAAUGCCACCGGAUGAACGACGGGGCGCUUUAAAAAAAACGUAUUAAAGGAACAUAAAGAGAACCUUGCUGUUGAUCUCUUGACAUGGGGAAAAUAAAGUGCUAGCCCCUUCUUUUGCUUUGUCAGGAAAAUUCUAAUUAUAUCAGAAGGCGAAAUAUUUAGGAACCUCCAUCUCCCUUAAAUCGGCUUUUCCUGAGCACUUGUAAAUGACCUUCACGCACACCCGACUUUUUUUAGGGAUUUCUUAUAAGGAUUAUUAAUUAUUUAUAUUUUUCUUUAGUUGAUUUUUUGACUUUUUUCUUUGAAGGCACUUGUGGAGUUCUUAGUUUCAUCAACCCGCACUGCUAUUAUGACUACACUUUCGAAAACGAAGACAAAACCUUCAUGAGUCUUCCGGGAUGGAAAGAACUGCCUGUAAAUACGACAUGGCCUGAUUCACUUAAGAUGUGUCCACGACCAUGGCGAUACCAGAGUCCAGAACAUCUUGGGAAUGCUCUACCGACAUGGGGAACUUUCAAGCUGUAUAGUGGGGGUGGAUACAUAGCUGCCAUGGGAUAUAACGAAGAAACUGCAGGUGGGGUAGUCAAUGAAUUACAUGCUGAGGGAUGGAUUGAUCAACAAACCAGACUUGUAGUUAUUGAAUUCACGGUUUUCAACAUCAACACAAACCUAGUCAGCAUCGCUUCUUUCUUCUAUGAGGUUCUAGCUACUGGGGCUGCGUACACAACCAAGAAAGUGGAAACACUGGAGCUGUAUAGUACAGAAUCAGGCGCUCGAGAAUUUUAUCUCAUUUGCCAGUUUCUCUUCAUGUCUAUGACACUUUAUUACUUCGUCUUGCUCCUGGUUAAUCUUUUUCGCCAACGAAUCAGCUUUUUUAAAUCCAUAUGGAAUUUAGUUGAAUUUUUGCAAGUUGUUUCUUCUGUGACAACAGUAACAUUCUACAUGCUCAAAGCUAAAAGUAUUUUAAGAAGUGUUAAAGCAAUACAGUCUAAUCCCUACGCAAUCAUUAACUUUCACACUGCACUGUCUUGGGCUGAGUGGGAAAAUGCAUCUAUUGCUGUCGCCGUAUUCAUGGCAACGUUAAAGUUUCUCAAUCUUCUUCGGGUUAACCCCCACGUCAUAUUUUUAUUUUCAUCUUUUCGCCAAUCUGUUGGUCACCAAUUAUCCUUUAUGUUCAUUCUCCUGUUAAUCUUCAAUUCCUUUGCCAUGUCAGGAAUACUGAUUUUUGGUGGGUCCAUGUACGUGUAUUCUAGUUAUUUAAGAGCCACAGUAGGCCAAUUUGAAUUUCUGUUAGGUAAAGCAGUGCCGGUAGAAGGUCUUCGAGCUGAAAAUAGAAUUAUCGGUCCCAUAUUUGCCCUGUUUUAUGUGCUAACUUUGACCAUUUUCCUCAUGAACAUGUUCAUCUCUAUGCUCAAUGACGCGUACUCUGGUGCAAAGACAAAUGUCGAAGAUAGCGCUGAAGAUCUGGAACUCUCACACCAUCUUGAAGAGCGUUUGUUAGAACUUAUGGGGGAAAGGAGAGGCGGACGUGAUCUUACAAAGUUGUUCUGUGACGAAGCAAUUUUCGUGAACAUGUUGAGCUCCGAAGCAGAGCCAUUCUGCAAGAAUACUGAACGAAUUCUUCAGUGCACAUAUGAGCGAUUGAUUAAAGUAGAUCAGCGAAUUGCCAAGCUUAUUCGAAUGACUGAGACGGAAGAAAACGGUCAGCUUGAGGAAGACCGUGAGCUUAUUACCCUCAUAAGUAAAAUUAUCUUCAUUCCCCAAACUUGUGAGACUCAGGCUCAGGUUGCCUUUAUGUACUAG